AUUCAAGAAAUCUGGCAGCGCUGGUAAAUUCGACGGAACCGACGUACACAAACGCAAGCCAGUUAUUAAAUUGAAUUUAUUUAUACUCUUAAAAUCACUAUACAAAAUGAUGGACGGUAUGGAUGAGUCAAACAUAUUGAGUAGUCCCGCGGCCAGCAAUGGUGCGACAAUGGAAAAUUCAUCACCAAAUCCAUUAGCGCCGCAAGCGACAACAAUGACAACGGCAACAACAACAACGACUACAAAUGGCAGCGGAGCUGCAACUUCACCGGAUAGUUCGUCGUCGGCACCAGUGACACCUGCUGCUCUCGGCGAGAAUGCGCUGCAUGUGGAGAUCUCCGAUGCGCUGAGCGAGAAGGAGAAAGUCAAGUUCACCGUACACACACGCACCACACUGCCGGGCUUCUCCAAAAAGGAUAGCAAUGUGGUGCGCCAGCAUGAGGAAUUUGUUUGGCUGCACGAUCGCAUCGAGGAACAGGAUGACUAUGCGGGCUAUAUUAUUCCGCCCUGUCCGCCACGACCGGAUUUCGACGCGUCGCGUGAGAAGUUGCAGCGUUUGGGCGAAGGAGAGGGCAACAUGACCAAAGAGGAGUUCAAGAAAAUGAAAUCAGAAUUGGAGGCUGACUACCUGGCCACGUUCAAGAAGACAGUUGCCAUGCAUGAAGUAUUUUUGCGUCGUUUGGCCAGUCAUCCAGUAUUUCGCCUGGAUCAGCACUUGAAGGUAUUCCUGGAGUAUGAUCAGGAUCUGUGCGCCAAGCCGCGCAAGAAGAUGGCCAUCUUUGGGGUUUUUGUGAAGUCGCUUGGCAAAACCACCGAUGAAAUUUUACUAAGCGCUACCGUGCGCGAUGUGAAUGAUUUCUUUGAGAAUGAGUUGCAGUUUCUUACCGAGUAUCAUGGACAUUUGCGCGAGGCCGCAUCGCGCACUGAGAAAAUGACACUUCGUCAUAAGGAUGUGGGUGAUUCCCAUCAAAAGAUAUCGAAUGCUUUGACACAGCUCUCCACAACAGAAAAGGGCAACAUGGAAUCUUUUAUCUCCAAGGCAGCCGAAGUCUUUGAACGCAUUAAGAACUUGGAGAAACGUGUUGCUAGCGAUCAGGAUCUGAAGCUGGGCGACACUCUGCGCUAUUAUCAGCGUGAUAGCGAUGCGGCCAAGGCUCUGCUCAUUCGACGCCUACGUUGUCUGGCCUCGUACGAGACAGCCAAUCGGAAUUUGGAGAAAGCCCGUUCCAAGAACAAGGAUGUGCAUGCGCCAUUGGAGGUGCAAGAGGCCGAAACAGCUCAAGCGGAGGCGUGUGAGAAGUUCGAGUCGAUGUCUGCUUGUGGCAAGGAGGAGCUGAUGGGUUUCCGUAAUCGACGUGUGGCUGCCUUUAAAAAGAGUCUUGUUGAGUUAUCCGAUCUGGAGAUCAAGCAUGCCAAAAACCAAUACGAUUAUUUGCGUCAAUCCCUGUUGGCUCUAAAGGAAAUUGCCUGAGAAACGGAGGGCUUGGCAUUGACAUCAUCAUUAUCUGCACAUUGUUUACAUACCCAUUUAGCCAAGGCGCCCAAGGAGUAAAUCAAUUGGUUUUUUGCUAAGCAAACAGUUUUAUUAUCUCUUAUUAUCUAUACA